CUAGGGCAAGAAAAAUGGUGCCCAGAUGUUGACUCGGAGCAGCAACCAGGAUCUUGAUUUUCUACGUCAGUACGCCUCUCUCUUCUACCUCAACACAAACUGUAGCUGCACAGACGCACGUUGCUGUUAUCACAAACUCCAACAGACACUCCACUUUAUCACCGGGCUCCCAGACGCCGGUCAUAUAGUGACGGUCAUACACUGAUACCGGGCUACUUCCUGCUUUGCUAUCUGGGGAGGAGCCACGUGAAGCAGCCAUGUUUUAUAGAGGUAUGUGAUGUCCAGGACCUCUGACGGAGCAGGUGUAGUGGCAGGAGCAGAAGCAGGAGAAGGAGAAGGAGAAAGAGAAGCAUUGGAACGGGGGCGGAGCCACAGAGACGUUCCUCGGUUUGUGAUUGGCUGUGGGGAUGACGAGCAGGACAUGGGUCAAAUGGAGGCAGGCAUGAAGAACGAGAUGUUUCGAGAAGAGGAUAUGGAAGGCGAUGACGACGAGUCGCCACCGGAGCGACAGAUCGUGGUCGGCAUCUGCGCCAUGGUGAGGAAAUCCAAAUCAAAGCCGAAUGACUCAGAUCCUGGAGCGGCUUUGUAA